AUGGUGAAGGUAAAAAUAUUUGAUAAGAGACACACACAAACUGCUGUCAAUCAUUUAUAUCUAAUCUUCAUUCACUGUUUUUCAGAAUCAAGUAACCAAAUCCUGAAAAGACAAGCACGACUUUUCUUACUGAAUGCAGAUGGCAAUGUUAUAUCACUCUUCAGGAAUAUUUUAUUUAGUGCAAAGUGUGUAAUGGAUGGUGAACUUGAUGUGGUUCAGCGAGUGCAGGCAGCCCCAAGGAGACAAAACUGGGCUGUCAUUCUACUGGGUGGUGGACAUUUUGCUGCUGCCAUCUUUAGAGGAAAUGAAGUGGUAAUCCACAAGACAUUCCACAACUACACAGUACGUGCCAAGCAGGGUGGGAGCCAAAGCUCAAAGGACAACCAGAGUGCCACAGCUCAUCUCAAGUCAAGUGGCUCAUCGCUGAGACGCUAUAAUGAACAGUCACAACGUCAACACAUUCAAGAGCUCUUGGAAUCUUGGAAAACACAUCUGACUAAAUGUGAUGAUAUUCUACCUUUGCCCAAACACCAUAACCGAAUGAUUUUGUUUGGGGGUAAAAAGCCUAUCCUUGAUAACAAAGAUGAACGACUAAGAAACAUUCCUUUGCUACCAGGAGGGCCCAAGUUUUCUGAAGUCAAACGGGUUUUUGGUCCCCUUCAAAAAAUUUUGGUGCAUGGGACUGAGGAAGAAUUCAGAACUAUGGUGAAAGAUUCAUUAAUUGGAGAAAUAAAGCCGAAUGUGAAAAAGAAAAAAGGAAAUGUAAAUAAACCUGAAAAGAAGCCAAAAUCUAUGAGGAAAUUUUUUGCAAAUGAUAGGCAGUCUUCAGAUGAUGAGAUGGAAUUGGAAGGGGACGAUGACAUGGAACUUGUCACCAGUUUAUGUACACUGAGCACCAGUGAGCUUGGAGGACCAGAUAGCUCAUUUAAAAGAACUAAAAAUAGAAAAUUUGUUGAAAGACAAGUAAGAGAGAAUACAAAGAUUAAGGAUAAACAGAGAAAUACCAAAAUGCCCACCACUUCCAGUGAAUUAAAUAAAGAAGGUUACCAUCUCAACACUCGAGUGUGGGAUGUGGUCUACACAGCUUGCAAGACUGGCAAUGUGGAGUAUCUUAAACUAGCACUCAAAAUUCCUUCAUAUAAUAAGACUCAAGAUGGUGCUCUUCCAGAUGAAAUUAUGGAUUUAAUUGAAUGCACUGAAAUUCCAUCCAAUCUUAGCUGUAUUACACUGGGAAGAAAAAGUAGGACAAUGCUUCAUGUGGCAGCAGAAAAUGGUCAGAAGGAGAUUGUGUGGUGGUUGUUAGAGAACGGGUGUGACCCAAGUGUUGCAGAUGCGGAUAAAAUUGUUCCAUUUGAUACUGCAAGUGACAAGGACACUCGAAAUCAAUUUCGUCGUUUCAUGGCACAGUAUCCUGACAAAUUUGAUUAUAAAAAGGCUAAAGUUCCAAGUCCCCUGACACCUGAGCAUGAGGCACAACAAGCAGCCAAGCUGGCUGAGAGGAGAAAGGCACAGAGGCAGGUCAAGCUAGAGAGACAAAAGGAGAAGAAGCUCAAAGAAAGGGAGACAAUGCGAGAAGAGGAGGAGAUGAGGAGGUUUCUUGCAUUAAGUGACAGGGAAAAGAGGGCAUUAGCAGCAGAGCGCCGCUUUCUUCAGCAGCAAGGAAAGGCAGGAGAGCAGCGCCCCUGUCUGCUGCGCUGUUUCAUGUGUGCCUUAGACAUAACAGGUAUGGUGCCCUUCGAGUACAAUGAAAAUAAAUUUUGUUCAACAAAGUGUGUAAAGGAACACAGAAUGAAGAAAUCAUAGUGAAUCUAAAACAGGAUUAGUUAUAAUUUGUUGUUUAUUUAGGUGAAAUGUUAAGGACCAGUGGUUACAACCAGUGUAUAGAAAGAAUGACCAAGUGCAGUAUUCUGAAAAUAAAAAGAUAUAUGACCAAAAUUUCAAAAGUAUUCAAUUGAAAAGAAAAACUAUAUUGUUAAACAUCAGGCAAGUUUAGCCAUUAAGUAGAUGUAUAAACAUGCAGGUAAUGGCUCAUGCACAGUUUUAUAGUAUACACUAUAUUGUACUGUCAAACUCUCUUCAUUUUAAUUAAAUCAUCAUUCAUUUCACAGUGAAAAAUGGUAGAAGUAUGUUUUACUUUUGAUUUUUUUUAACCAGCUGGCCAUCUCCCACUAAGGUAGGGUAACCCAAAUUAGAAGCACUUUCACCAUCACUCUUGCCAGAGGGGCAAAUAUCCCCACCCCUUCUUCAGAGUGCAGGCACUGUACUUCCCAUCUCCAGGACUUGAAUCCAGAUACAGUGGAACCUCUGGUUACGACCAUAAUUUGUUCCAAAACUGGUUUGCGACCCUAUUUGGUCAUGACCUGAACCAAAUUUCCCCAUUGGAUUGUAAGCAAAUAUGAUUAAUCUGUUCUGGAUCCCUAUGAACUGUAUGUAAAUAUUUUUUGUUUUUAAUUUUUAAGCACAUUAUUAUUAUUAUAAUCAGAAAGAAGCACUAAACCACAAGGGCUAUAUAGCAUUUUUAAGCACAAAAAUAGUUCAUUAUACUGUAGAAUGCUCAGUGUAAUAGUAAACUAAAUGUAAAAACCUUGAAUAACACUGAGAAAACUUUGAACAACAGAGAAAACUAACAUUGCAUGAACCGUUUGCUGUAAACUUUUUUUUUUUUUUUUUUUUUUUUUUUUUUUUUUUUUUUUUUUUUUUUUUUUUUUUUUUUUUUUUUUUUUGAGUUUUAAGCACAGAAAAAAUAAUCAAAGUUUGAAAAAUCUUUAAUUAUACAAAAUAAUGCACAGGUUAAUAGAGAAAAAAUGUUACAUAACAGAGUUAGGUGUACACAAACAACAGGAAGUGGAGAAAAUUGGCAUGUGCGAAAAAAUGGUGUGGAAUGUGAAAAUUGGCACAGCUGUGUUUGUUCGGCACUCAGUUAUGUGUUCAUGACCAGAUGCAAAAAUUUGACAGAUUUUUUAGUCAUGAACCAAUUUGUUCAUGUUCAGAAGUGUUCGUGACCAGAGGUUCCACUGUAACUGGUUUCUCUGAAUCCCUUCAUAAAUGUUACCUUGCUCACACUCCAACAGCACCUAAAGUCAUAAAAACCACUUACCUCCACUCACUACUAUCUAACAUACUUACACACGCUUGCUGGAUGUCUAAGCCUCUCACACACAAAACCUUCUUUACCUGCUCCCUCCAACCUUUUCUAGGAUGACCCCUACUCUGCCUUCCCUCCACUACAGAUUUACAUACCCUCCAAGUCAUCCAGAAUUACUUAUUAAGUAAUCUAGAAUAAUUAAAAAAAAAAAAAACUAUCAUUCUCUCCAUCACUGUCUUGCCAGAGGUGUGCAGAUACUAGUUCAGAUGCCUCUCCAAACUGCAAAUAUCCCCACAUUAUCAAUUAUAAAAACUGUAAUUUACUCGUAUGAAAAUUUUUAGAAGAAAUGCAAGCUAGUCCUGAUGGUGAGUAGUAAAACAACAGGCAUUAGUUUAUACUUUAUUUUGUUUAAACUCUUUUUAAAUUCUUUAUCAUCUGACAGUGGCAUUCUGAAUUUAUCAAAGGAGAGCAAGACAUUAUAAAAAUUUUUUAAAGACAUUUUUCCACUUUUAAAUUUUUUGUGUGUGAUUUUGUAGUGAUUUUGACCACUAUAAUCAGUGUUUAGAUUUUUAUGUUGUAUAAACAUACCUUCUUCUUUCAACAAACCGGCUGUAUCCCACCAAAGCAGGGUGGCCCAAAAAGAAAAACAAAAGUUUCUCUUUUUAACUUUAGUAAUGUAUACAGAAGGGGUUACUAGCCCCUUGCUCAUAAACAUACCUUAUUGGUGGUUUUACUAAUUAAAUUAAUUUAUAUGAAAAUUUUAAUAAAAUAUUUUUUGUCUGUGA